GCUUUUGCAGAACAGAAUUCAGUGGAAUCCAUGAAGGUGUGAUCGGGCAGCAGCCUGUCCAAUCAGGAGGCGGAGGAGAGGCUGCGCCGCGACACGGGGACAGAGCUCCGGCCAGCACAGCUCAGGCGGCGACAGCCCUGUUGGCGUCUGGACCGGGUCCCGGCUACACCGUCACCCUCUAUCUGCAACACGAGUUUGACCGUCUACGAGAUUGGCGAAAGGAUUUAAGUCGAUGUCGAUUUCCCCUCCGAACAUUUGACCGGUUCUGGUACGCUCUGCAGGUGUCACUUUAUCUGUUCAGAUGGCUGACGUGGAGCUUGUGAAGAAGAUGCUGCAGGGCAUCCUACACUCCAAUAAAGCCGGGGUGUCCCUGUCCCGUCUGCAGUCGGAGUACAAGGAGGCGACCGGCGAGCAGAUACCCCAUAAGCAGAUGGGACACAACCACCUGGACACGCUGCUUGUCAGCAUGCCGUCUGUUGUGCGAGUGGAGCGCGGUCGCUCUGGAGAGGCAUGCUAUUUUGCAUCAGGAGCCAGUGAAACGACCCAUACAGCCAAAGUGAUGGCCCGAGAGCGUGGCUCCAGGAGGACCAGCCGACCUCACCUGGUCAACACCCAGAUGAGGGCGAAGCCUGCCCCUCCGCUCAUCCUUAACGCCAAACCUCAUACCUCCCUGAGGCAGCCAAAGAUCAGGGGCCGAGGCGCGGCUAGAGGCGGAGGCGCCGGGCGAUAUGCUGGACAUGGAGACCACAGACAGGCAAGGGACGUAAGGGAUGGGCACUCUGACGGCGAGCCCGGUGGGCAUCCCAACAAACUGUCCAAUCAGAACUCACCCAACAGAAAAGCCAACGUACAAGACAAGCCCGACAAGAGGAUGGCUCUUCCAUCGCGGUAUCAGAAGGAGGUGAACGCCCACCUGUCCAGAAACGUCCAGCAGACCAGUCCCCCCAUGAAUCUGAACGACAGCUUCGGAUCAGGGAGGGGAAAGUCGUACAACCGUCAGCAGGUUCAGAGCCGCAUCCGGGAGAUCCUGGGCAAGUACAGCAACGGGUUCUGGGUGUCCAAGCUGCCGCAGAUCUACAGAGAGCUGUACAAACAGGAUCUGCCCAGCGAGGCCAUCGGAGACCUGGAGAGCUGGACCCACAUCUGCACCGUGGAGAAAACCUGCAGCAGCAACCCCAACGAGCUGCUCCUCUAUCCUGGAAAGGACCAGAGCGCCCCCUGCUCCCCUCCACCCCUCUCCAACUCCACCUGCAGCCCGGCCCCCCCGACGACCUCCUCACACACGCCUCCGGAUCAACCGCCGCAGCCUCUUGCACAACCCAGACCUCCCAGCACCCCUCUGUCUCGCUCUGGCUCAGGGUCUCCCCAGUCUCCGCCCUCAUCCCCCUGCUCCUCAUCCUCCUCCUCUCCUCCGGCGCUCAGCCAAGACCUGAGACAGAAACUGGAGGAGCUGCUGGUGAAAUACUCCAGCGGUCUGUGGGCUCAUGCUCUGCCCAAGCUCUUCCAGGACGCCUACAAAACAAAACUGCCCGCCUUCGUCCUGGAAAACCUCCACCUGCUCGACGACAUCUGCACAGUCGACUACCCGAUGGCCGACAACCCCAAGAGGGCCAUCCUGUACAGGCGGAGCAGCGUGGGGGGAGCGGAGGACGAGAACUGCAACAGGAGAGGCAGCUCCAUCAGCGAGGAGGAGCUGAGAAUGAGGAGGGAUGCCGGGAGGAGGCUCAGCAACCAGGCAGUGCCUCCUCUGCAGAUCCCAAAGGAGGAAUACCCCUCUGUGCUGGUGAUCGAAGCCACCAACACCAACGGAGUGGUACUCCGGUACGUUGGUGAGGGUUACUCCCAGGCGCAGGAGGCCAUGGAGGACAGAAUGAAAGAGUUCUACGGUGUGAAAGGAAGCAACAGAACUCCUUUGUCAGCGCCGACGUCAGGCCAACUCGUGGCGGUCCGAGCCGAAGAAGAGGAGGAGAUUCUGAGAGGGCAGAUCUGCGAGGUCCUGGAGGACAAAAUCAAGGUUUUUUAUGUGGACCACGGCUUUUUCGAGACGGUCAGCAGAACCAAAGUGUUUGACCUGGAUGAGAGGUUUUUCAAACUGCCUUUCCAGGCCACCAAGUGCAAACUGGCCGGUUUGGAGCCUUUCUGUCAAGAGGCCGCGGUCCUGAAGAAGUUUGAGACCAUGGCCAGCGGACGGAUCCUCCUGGCUGAGAUCUUAGUGAGGGCACAGACCCCCCUGGUUGUCCUGUACGACACGUCUCAGGACGACGACGUGAACAUCAACGCCGCCUGCAGGAGAGCCCUGCACGACAAGGCGUUGGCGAGUCCUCUGCAGGUGAACGGCGCUUACAUGAACGUGACGGUCAGCAGCAUCUGCUCAGACGGGACCUUCUACUGUCAGCUGCCCUCCAGAGGCCUCCACAAGAUGAAGCAGCUCCUGGAGAGCAUUGAGACUCACUUCCACUCACAGGUGACCUCAGAGUUCCUGGUGUCCAGACCCUUUUGUGGGAAGUUAUGCUUGGCUCGCUACAAAGGGAAAUGGUCUCGCGUGGAGAUCACCAACCUUCAUGGCAGCAGAGUGUUGGACAUCCUGUUCGUGGAUGUUGGCGUUCAGGCGUCUGUGGAGGUUUUUGAGCUGAGAGAGAUCCCGCCGAUGUUCCUCCGUGACUUUGUGGCCGUCCCACCACAGGCUGUGAAGUGCUGCCUCGCAGACCUGGCCGUCAGCGUCGGGUCCUGGACUCCAGAGGCCGUCCAGUGGCUCCGAAAGAAAGUGCUGAAUGUGUCAGACUGCAGCAUGAAGGUUGCCAAAACAGAUGAGACCAAGUGCUGCACCUUGGUUUACUUGUUCUCCGACAAGAACUGCCAUGAGCCGACGCGAAGCCUCAACCAUCAGAUGGUCCGGUCCGACCUGUUCAAGCAGAAGCCAGACGUCUUCCUGACCAGCCACAGCCCGAAGAAGAUUCCUACAAACAUCUCAUCUUCUGAGACCUCCAGCAACAAAGAUUCUGCCAACGGCAACCCAACCUCUGUGGCGGCUGGUCUUCAUCCCAAGAGGGCUCCGUCGGCGCCCAGAGGGGGAUCGGGGUCACCAGACAAAUCACCUCCUUCUUCACUGGCCCAGCUGCCCCCACUGCUGGAGCUGCCCCCUGCUGGAAGUAACCUGGACGUGUACGUGUCAGUGGCGUGUCAUCCAGGCCACUUUGUGCUGCAGCCGUGGAGGGAUAUGUAUAAGCUGGUGGUGCUGAUGGGAGAGAUGAUCCUGUACUACAAUAAAACCGAGGAGAAACCACUCCGCAUCGAAAAGAAUCAGAUUUAUGUGGCUAAAGUGGAGAACAAUUGGUAUCGCGUUCUGGUGAAAGGAGUUCUCACCAACGGCAUGGUGUCCGUGUAUGAACUGGACUACGGCAAGCAUGAGCUGGUCAGCUGCAGCAACCUCCGACCUCUGAUCAAAGAGUUCAAGCAGUUUCCCUUCCAGGCCAUCACUGCCCAGCUGGCCGGGGUGAAGCCCAGGCAGUGGUCCGAGGAGGCCUCCAUCGUCUUCAGGAACCACGUGGAGAAGAAGCCGCUGGUGGCCCAGCUGGAGUCGCUGCAGGAUUCCAAAAACCCCUGGGACAGGAAGCUGACGGUCUUCCUGGUGGACACGUCGCAGGAAGAGCGCGACGUGUGGAUGCACGACCUCAUGGCGGAAUUUGCCGACGAACGGAGCAACGAGCUCUAGACCACUAAGGGUGACCCAGCAGGUUUCCUGCUGACGAACAGCUUUUGAUUUAAAAGAAAAAAUAAAUAGAGAUAUCUAUUUGAAUCUAAUCAUUAGUGGAAGGAGUGAAGAAACGUUAGGUGGAGAAGUGGAAGUUUGAAGCGUAGAAACCAGCAGCUGCAGUUUGUUACUGAAGAAAGUUGAUCAGAUGGAGUUCCUGCUGUGACCGUUAGACAACGUUGUGUUGUGGUGAAACGUUUCCUACCAACAUGAAAGCACGAAGAGCCUUCGCCCUGCUAAUGUGAGCAUCUUCAGACGGAAAACGCUUUUCUUCUUCCAAAUGAAAAAGAAAAUGGCUUCCUUUAGUGUCACAAAGUUUACAAAAGCGUUCUAGCAAACAUUCCCCUGAGAGGAGAUGAAGGUGCAGCUCAGCAUCUAGAACUUCCGUUCCUUCUGGUUUGGUUUGGGUUCAGCAGACGUGCAGUGACCGUCGCUUUUUAGUUUUUUUUUUCCCCCCACUACGAAGCUGCAAACGGGAAAACCCGGAUCCUUCCUCAGUCUGAAAGACCGGCUUGAGUCUUCCUCCUCAGAGAAACUGCAGCAGAUGAUUGCCGCUCCGUGUUUCCAUGGAAACCUCUAAAAAAAGCCUGAUUUCACCGGCCCAAAUGUGAGGAAAGAAGAUUUUCUACGCUGCAAAUGUUGCUGAAUUUCCUUUGAUAUUUAUUAAGCUGAGGCAUCUAAACCCGACGACGCUGGAUGCUGCAUAGUUACCGGCAUUUAUUUGGUUUUGUUUUUUUCUGGAUGCCAAAAGAUUUCUGUUGUUUUUUAAUGUUCAAGAAAAACUUGUGGGUGACGUUUCUGGAAUAAAGUCUGUUUGGAGGGAG